CAUGUGAAUGCCAUUUGAUUGGCUAUUAAGUAGAGGACUAAGAUUUCAAUAUUGUCAUUGUUUAGACCAUGAAUGUGCCUGCUUGCAUGUGUUAUGGCUCUAGAAAUGGCCCCAGUGGAGAAGGAUACCUACGGUGCACACGGGUUCAGUGUCAUGAAUCCUAACAGGACUCCACAGAUGUUUGACAAAGCAAAGGAGCUGGCAGCACGGUCCAAAAGCAUGGUUCUUGGAGAGUUGUCUCGGGUUUCCAGGCCCUGUUCUCCUCUGGAUCAUGAGAAAGCACUGAAGGCGGGCUGGCUCAAAAGACAACGGAGUAUCAUGAAAAACUGGCAGCUGCGUUGGUUUGUCCUGAGAACGGAAGCUCUGUAUUUUUACAAGGAUCAGGAUGAAAGCAAAGCACAGGGUUGUAUUCCUCUUCAGGGUAGUCAGGUCAAUGAGGUGCCUGCCAAUCAGGACGAGCCUGGUCGCCACCUUUUUGAAAUUGUUCCAGCAGGAGGUGGAGAAAAGGAUCGAACCGGUAUAAGCCAUGAAUCAUUCCUGCUGAUGGCUAGCUCCCAGAGUGACAUGGAAGAAUGGGUCAGAGCCAUACGUAGAGCUAUAUGGGCUCCACUUGGUGGAGGUGUCUUUGGGCAGCACCUGGAGGAGACAAUGUUGUAUGAAUCCCAGUGUGGCCCUCAGAGACUGGUCCCCGUGCUGGUUGAGCAGUGUGUAUGCUUCAUACGUGAAAAUGGACUCAAAGAGGAGGGCCUUUUCAGGGCCCCCGGACAGACCAAUCAUGUUCGAGAAUUGCAGGAUGCCUUUGACCGUGGCGAGAAGCCAGUGUUUGACAGUUCCACAGACGUCCACACAGUGGCAUCACUGUUAAAGCUCUAUAUACGAGAGCUGCCAGAGCCUAUAAUCCCAUUCUCCAAAUACACACAGUUUCUCUCUUGUGCUCAGCUUCUUACUAAGGAUAAAGAAAUGGGUAUUACAGAGCUCGGCAAACAGGUGAAAUCACUUCCUCAGGUCAACUACAACCUCCUUGAGUACAUCUGCAAGUUUCUGGAUGAGGUCCAAUCUCACUCCAGUGAGAAUAAGAUGAGUGUCCAGAACCUGGCCACUGUGUUUGGACCUAAUAUCCUUCGUCCCAGAGUGGAGGAUCCAGUCACCAUGAUGGAGGGAAGUACACAAGUGCAGCACCUCAUGACUGUGCUAAUCAGUGAACACUCCCGACUUUACCAACGUGAGGAGCCAGAAACAGAGAUUAAGGUUCCUAUUAAGCAACAGGAGAGCCAAAGGUGCAAGGUGGAAUGGCUUUCACAAGAAGAUCCUGCCCACCCACCCUCCUCAGGGACAAGCACCAAAAUGCCUAAAGAAAAAAAACAAUCUUCCACUUCUUCUACAGACAUUAAGUCAACUGCAGCAAGCCCUGUUACACAGGAAAAAGGUGGGGAAGAUCAGAUUGAAGAGAAAAGCAAAAGCAAGACAGAGGAAGACAACAAGACUGAAGGAAAAGUAGGAAGCGAAGUAGCUGUUAGUCCUAGCAAACAAGCUAAAGCCUUGCCCUCCUGGAGAUGCACCUUCAAGGGAAGUGCAGCCUCUGGUGUGCCAAGGGGGAAAAUAGGGGGCUCAGCAGGGGACGUGUCAGUUGCUGGUGGGAGCAACUGGUUAAUGAAUGGUCUAUCAUCCCUCCGAGCUCACAGACGUACCACCUCAUCUGGGGAAAGACUGAAAGACUCUUUGAAGGAUUCAACCCUCUCUCUUAAAGAAACUACUCUUAAAGACUCUCACAGAGACUCUGAUGAAGACUCUUCUCGAACAUCCUUGUCUCACAGAGCCCUCCACCAAUCCCACAGACUGUCUGCCUAUGACAACGUAGCCCCCUCCAGUCUAAGCCUACCUGCUGACACUUCGUCUAUGUGGACGUCCUAUGAGAUCUCAUUGUCUGAGCCAGAAGGGAGCGAUAAAGCAGCGAAAUCAGAACAGAGUCAAGAAAGACCCACAGAGUUCAAAGACUGUGCAAAUACUUUAGAACACAGUGCAAGCUGCAGUGAGGAUGAUCUUGCAGGAACAAGUGAAGAUGCCUCAAGCAAGGUGGCCCAGCUAAAGCAGGAACUGAAGAAGCAGAGGACGAGUUAUGAGGCCCGUAUCCGCAAGUUGGAGGAGUCCUGUUCCAACUACCAGUCCCAGAUAAACCGCCUCGAGGAGGACCUAGACCAGGAGAAGAAGAAGUUUCACAUGCUAGAGAUCCGACUCAGGAACUCAGAGCGGGCACAUCAAGAUGCAGAAAAUCGAAACAUUCUCCUCCAGCAAGAGAUGGAGGAAUUUUUCAAAACCCUUGGAGAUCUGACUACGGGAGCAACAAGGACCAAAUAGACCAGACCAACCUGCCUUUAUCUGGUCCAUCAGUAGAGGAGGAGCUCAGUUACUGGGACGACCAACCAGCCCCAAAGCUUUGAAGACCAAAUACCUCUAGUGCAGUACUAAUUGCCAUCUUUUAGUACAGCUCUCUUGUGCCUACACUGACCAGUGCCGGUGCCAAACAAGAACUCCUCUAGACCAAGCACCUCUCAUGUGUCAUUCCUUACUGUUAUACACCAUAGGUCAUUUAAUUAGCAAAUGAAAUGUUCUUGUAACAAACCAGAAAAGGCCUUAUUAAAAAUAUAAGGUAGUCCUUACAUAGAUAUGUUAUUGUUAAUGCUAAUAUUCUAAAAAGAAAUGUUGACUUUGGAGUAAAAGAAAGAAUAAUGUGAGACAUUAAAAUUCAACUCUUUUAUUUGCUGGAGUUGAAGGUAGACAGCUUCCAUUUUCUGAUGUAUAUAUUUGGUCUGUUAGUGAGGCAAUAUCUAAUCCAGAGGCUAAGUGACCUUCCCAAAAGACACCAUGAAAGGUUAAUUCAUUGCUGACAGCGUUUGGCCAAAACCAUCAGAAGAAUGCAUCAUACCGGUG